UGCGCCAGCCCUGCAAGCCCGGGCCGCCAGCGCCACCGUGCCGGCGUCGCCUCCUACCACGGAGCCAUGGUGCGCGCAGCGCGCACGCGGGACGCGGGACUCUGAGCUCCGGGACAGCACCCAGGCGGUCGGAGAUGGCGCUCCGCGGGACCACCCGACAGCGCAAAGUUCGCAGGAGGCAAGAGAUGCUGCCGCAGCAAGUUGGUUUUGUGUGCGCGGUGCUGGCCCUGGUGUGCUGUGCGUCUGGCCUCUUCGGCAGCUUGGGGCACAAAACAGCUUCUGCUAGCAAACGAGUCCUACCAGACACGUGGAGAAACAGAAAGUUGAUGGCAACAGUGAAUAUGACUCAGCCAACCAAGAACUGCACAGAUCCUGCAAUUCAUGAGUUCCCCUCAGACCUGUUCUCCAAUAAGGAGCGACAGCAUGGAGCCAUCCUGCUGCAUAUUCUUGGUGCUCUGUACAUGUUCUACGCCUUGGCCAUUGUGUGUGAUGACUUCUUUGUUCCAUCUCUAGAGAAGAUCUGUGAGAAACUCCGUCUGAGUGAAGAUGUGGCUGGGGCCACCUUCAUGGCUGCGGGAAGCUCAACGCCAGAGCUGUUCGCCUCUGUUAUUGGCGUGUUCAUCACCCACGGCGAUGUUGGGGUGGGCACCAUCGUGGGCUCUGCUGUGUUCAACAUCCUGUGCAUAAUCGGAGUGUGUGGAUUAUUUGCUGGGCAGGUGGUCCGUCUGACAUGGUGGGCCGUGUGCCGAGACUCUGUGUACUACACCCUGUCUGUCAUCGUGCUCAUCGCGUUCAUAUAUGAUGAAGAAAUUGUGUGGUGGGAAGGCCUGGUGCUCAUCAUCUUGUAUGGGUUUUAUAUCCUGAUCAUGAAGUACAAUGUGAAGAUGCAAGCCUUUUUCACAGUCAAACAAAAGAGCAUUGCCAACGGCAACCCGGUCAACAGUGAGCUGGAGGCUGGUAAUGAUUUCUGUGACAGUAGCUAUGAUGACCCCUCCAUGCCAUUGCUGAGGCAAGUGAAGGAGAAGCCGCAGUAUGGCAAAAGCCCAGUGGUGAUGGUGGACGAGCUCAUGAGUUCCAGCCCGCCCAAGUUCAGCUUCCCGGAAGCAGGCCUACGCAUAAUGAUCACCAACAAGUUUGGGCCCAGGACCCGACUGCGGAUGGCCAGCAGGAUCAUAAUUAAUGAGCGGCAGCGACUGAUCAACUCAGCCAAUGGUGUGAGCAGCAAGCCACUUCAGAAUGGGAGACACGAGAACAUCGAGAACGGGAAUGUUCCUGUGGAAAACCCGGAAGACCCUCCACAGGAUCAGGAGCAGCACCUGCCACCACAGCCACCACCCCCAGAGCCAGAGCCAGAGCCGGUGCCAGUCGAAGCUGCCUUCCUGUCCCCCUUCUCCAUGCCCGAGGCAAGAGGGGACAAAGCCAAGUGGCUGUUCACCUGGCCGCUCAUCUUCCUCCUGUGUGUCACCAUUCCCAACUGCAGCAAGCCCCGCUGGGAGAAGUUCUUCAUGGCCACCUUCAUCACCGCCACGCUGUGGAUCGCUGUGUUUUCCUACCUCAUGGUGUGGCUGGUGACUAUUAUUGGAUACACACUUGGGAUCCCUGAUGUCAUCAUGGGCAUUACUUUCCUGGCAGCAGGGACAAGUGUUCCAGACUGCAUGGCCAGCUUAAUUGUGGCGAGACAAGGCCUUGGGGAUAUGGCGGUCUCCAACACCAUCGGAAGCAACGUGUUUGACAUCCUGGUGGGACUUGGCAUACCGUGGGGCCUGCAGACCAUGGUUAUUAAUUAUGGGUCCACGGUGAAGAUCAACAGCCGGGGGCUGGUCUAUUCCGUGGUGCUGUUGCUGGGCUCUGUUGCUCUCACCGUCCUCGGCAUCCACCUAAACAAAUGGCGGCUGGACCGGAAGCUGGGCAUCUAUGUGUUGGUUCUCUACGCCGUCUUCUUGUGCUUCUCCAUCAUGAUAGAGUUUAACGUCUUCACCUUCGUCAACUUGCCAAUGUGCCGAGAAGAUGAUUAAAGCCGAGCUGCUUCCUCUGGGAGCUGUUCUGGACACCCUGUGAUGCCUGCGCCCUCCUCUCCCCUCCUUCCCCCACCACAGGUCUCUCCUGCAUUGGCAGCCACAGUCUGUUCUUUCACACACUGGAAGGAAGAGCCAUCGCGGUCUUUGUCUAGUCACAGGCCAGGCUGCUGGGCGUCCUCCUCCUCCUUGGAGUUCUGCCCCCGCAAGGCAGGAUCCAGGGACUGUUAUCUGAGCAGCUUUGAAGAGCCCGGAGCGGCCAGCCACAGGGCUGUGUCAAGUGUCUCAUCUCUGUCCUGCACACCAUCAAAAAGACUUCUGUGUGCAGCUUGUCUUUCUGUUACACGGGCAGCCUCAGAAAUGAGGCAGGCAGUGAGCCUGAGGUCUCCGAGGGCAAGUGCAAAAUAGGAAUGUUGUUCUCAAGUCUCACCUUUGGGCCAGAGGUGGCUCCUUGGACAUGUGAGCUGCUGGGAGCCUCCCACUUCUGCUGGGAGCACCUGCAUGGUUUGGAGGGGGCAGGCUUCAACCUUUGGGGGUUUGGGACCGUGAUGCCAGACAUUUCCACCCCCUUUCCUGGAAAAAUGAGAAUGGAAACAAUUUUUCGCAAAAGAGAGAAAACAAGUGAAUAUUCGUAUCACUUUUAUUGAUGCAUUCAGAGAAUGAGCUAUGAAAUAUUAAAAAUAAAACAUCACAUAGAUCAUCAUACUUGAAAAAUAUCAUUCCAUACAAAAGGAUCAUAAGGCAGACCAAAAAAGGUAGAAAUGAUUGUAGGGAAACGAAUCCUCUGGGUGUCAUCUUGCAUUGACUCUAAGACAUUCGGUUUGGAACAGAGAGAAAGGAGAAAGACUAACAAAUGGGUGCUAACUCACAGACGGGGAGACUGUAGUUUCUAAGCUGUACAUUCCAGACCUUCUGUGCGGUACGAUGCACUGUCUAUUGGGGUUUGUCAUUUCUUUGCUAAUGCUCUAGUUUCGCAACCACCCUAUUGAAAAACCCAAUUGUUUAUAUGCUCAACAAAUUUCAUAGCCUGCUGAACUGGACCGAGUGUGCCAGAAAUGCUGGUUAAUGACAAGAAGAGAGAUUUCCUCAAAAAAUAACAGAUUGCUCUCUGGUUAGAUGAAGGCAAGUAUGAAAACCAUAAUUUAGAAUUUGUAGAGCCAAGUUUCUUGAACCAUGUAGUUUGCUACGCAUGAAAGACCAACAAUGGGAGGCUGGUUCAAAGAGAGAAAAAUAUGAAACCACUUUCAACUGCUUCAUAGCACUCAAAUAUAUAUUUAAAAGAUUUAUGAACACAUACGAUUCAUGGUUUCUAAAAAGAAAGCACAGUUAAUUUUAUAGAGAGGUUUUUUUAUUUUUUUAAUAUCUAUUGUGAAAGUCUACCAGAUUUGAUGCACUUUGAAUAUUGGGAUAUUUUGCACAGAAGAAUGUAUGUGAACUACCCAUGAUGAUGAGAGAGGAGAGGAAAUUUUUAGCAAUUCACCAGAGUCACUCUAAACUUGGUGGUGAGUUUAAAUCCAAUAGCUGAAGCCUUCCUGAGACACACAGAUUGUGACCCACCCUGAAAUGUGUGACUGUGCUCUCUAAGGCCUCCUAAAUUUCAAAAGGAGGAAGUGUUCAGACUUGUGUCCCUCACUUCCCCUUUAGCACGAGCCUACGUGGGACCUCGCCCUCCUCACCAGGCUUCUACUGUGGGUUCACAUCAGUAUUAGUAGCUGCACCAAGUUAAGGUUUCUCUUUUGAUUUCUUUACCCCCAAAUUGGGCUCAGUGGUCUUCAAGUUGAGAACAAGGGUGAUAUUCCUAAGACAGUCACUAAAGAGGGGCCUAGGGACCCUGUAGCUUCAUCAGUAUAAACUUGAGCUACAGGGGGGUUCAGGGCCCCCAGGACCACUCUGCUCUAAUAGCUUAGUUCAUGUGGUCCCUCCCAUCUUAUAGGUUCUUCCAGGUUCCAGAAUCCUCCUGUCUUUGUUUUGGUUCUUCAUUUUCCCAGAUGUUAAGUAGGGGUUAUUGACCCCUUCUAAUAGAGAACACAGUUUUGGGAAGUCAUGGGUCUCUAAUUCAAUGACCAGUUAGUAAGGAGCAGAAUGGGGCACCAAGCACCCCCAGCCCACCCUUCUCCCAGGGCAGCCAGUCCAUAGUUGGCUGUCCUUGAGGAGUGAAUGCGGUUAUGACUUUGCCUUUGUGGUUGGCUCUUAUCGUUCAAGGCAAAACCUCAUCAAUAGUUAAUUGACUUCUGGGUUCUGCAGAUCAUAUCCUAAUAUCUGUCCCUAUCCAAUGUUUCUAUUUUUCCUUAAAAAUGACCAAGAACUAUUUUUAGCUAUGGCAAGGCACGAGACACAUGGCCCCUGGUGGCGUCCCGGGUGGUUUUCAAGUUUCCGAAUCCUUGUAUAGCUUGUAGAGAACACAUCCUAAUUACCCUCCUCUUCCUCAGCAGAAUCCAUCUGAGAUUAUAAUAUAUACUGCAGAUGCAAUUAGAGACUUAAAAAAGGUUUUAAUAUGUAAUGCACUCCUCCUGGCUAAUUUUCUUUUGACUUUAAUGUGCCAAUGUAAUUUCCUUAAAGGAUCUAUGCAUUUAUUAUAUCUAGGAAACUAUAAUAUAUGUAAACUAUAGGUGGAAAAGAAUCUUUUUUUAUUAAAUAUUUUUCCAUCACAACUUUAAAGAACUGCUUGAUGAAGUAGGCCUUCAUUUUUAAAUUACGCUUUCCAUCACUACGCAGGAUUACUUCCUGUAUUUUAUUCCCAAAGCUAAUUAGCAUGGGAUAAUUACUCUGCAACAAAAAUAGGCAAUUAAAAAUAAUUUUAGUUCUACUCAUUGGGGGCAGAACAGAAAAAUGAACUGUUGCUCUUAGAUAGAAAAUGUCUCUAGAGGCAAGAGCAGGUAGUUCCUGUCAAUUUCUGGUUUGGAAUUUGUCCUUAUCAGCCCAAGCAUGGUUAGAGUGGAAGGUGUGCAGAGAACCUGGUCCUGGAGGAAGGUUCUGGGUCAGCUGCAAUGAGAGAUGGGUGCUUAAGAGUUCUAUGGGCAGGUCAGAGUCCCUCUCCACCACUGUUCUUCCUAUAACCCAGUGUGCCUGUCCCCCUGUCAACCUGUGUCUCCACCUUGUACACACACUUGGCUGCCCUUCAGAGUCUUCACCUGCUCCUUAUCCCUUGCCUAUUGGGACUAGUUCUUGCUUUUGUCCUAUCUGCCUCUUCCUUUACAGACCCAAGCAGCUGAUAAGACACCAGCCUUCUCUGAGCCAGGUUAAAACAGGUAGGGUAUUCACAAAGGGCAGUCAGUCCUGUAGACCACAAACAGAGCCCACUGCUCAGGGUCUAGGUUUCUUCCACCUGCUCUUCCCUAUUAAUGGGGUUUGUGAGCCUAAGAGCAUCACCACUCAGAACACAGGACUCCCCACACAGCCCAGGAUUUUGGGAAAGGGGUGGAUGGUGUCAUUGCUGGACACCCAUCUUUCCACUUGGCCAUUUUUCUUCCUGAAUCCAGGGCUCCCUCUCUUGAAGGUGGGGGGGAGGGAAAUGGAGGCAAGAGGGACCAGGGGACCAUCUUUUCAUUCCCCCUUGGGAAUCCCAGCACCAGCAGCUGACACUGCUUUCCACACGCCUUCCUCCCUCCCUC